AUGCGUCGACUUUUUGCUGAGCUGGAGCCAUCUGUAACCGUCACCGUGCAAAACCUGGCAGACCGAGUUCGGUAUAUCUUGCGCUCAAAUAUAUUUGAUGACGCCGAACUCGAACGGCUACGACGUGAGGCUGUUCCCUCAUCAAAUGAAAAUGCUACGGCUGAGGAUGCGGUGCCACAAGUUGCAGAACAACCCGCACACGUGGAUACCGCCGUGAAUACCCCAGUGGUGGCUGAUUCAAAUGAUGAUGGAACAUUCGCCCAGGAACUAGAAAUAGAGCAAAUGAGGAGUACAUUGGAAGAGGCGAUUAUGGAAACACGCAGUACGCCUCUCGAAAAUCGACCGCGACUUCCCCGCAUAGCCCUAAACAAGCGGAAUCGGGCUGUCGUGAGGGCUCUGAACCCAAUGCUGGUGACCUAUUUGGAAGCCAGUCGGGACCUCUGCGAUACGCUCCUCAAUUCUUUUUGGCGCCGCACUGACAGUCUGCCGUAUCAUAGGCGCCAAGGUUUCCACGGCUGGACGCGCUACUGGCCAAAGUAG